AUGAUAAACGAAGAGUGGAGCUUGGGUAGCAGCCCGCGCUUCUUCGGGAGCGGCGUAGACUUCAGCCAAUCAGAGCAGGGCAAGAAAGGAGGAGGGGGUGCUGCAGCCGCUGCCGAGGAGGAGAUCAGCCCCGAGGAUGACCAGAGAGCCAACCGCACGUUGUUCCUGGGCAACCUGGACAUCACCGUGAGCGAGUCAGAUUUACGCCGAGCUUUUGACCGUUUUGGGGUCAUCACCGAGGUGGACAUCAAAAGGCCAGGGCGCGGGCAGACCAGCACGUAUGGUUUUCUUAAAUUUGAAAAUCUGGACAUGGCGCACCGGGCCAAGUUGGCCAUGUCAGGAAAGGUGCUUCUGCGCAACCCCAUCAAGAUUGGGUAUGGUAAAGCCACUCCGACUACCAGGCUCUGGGUGGGUGGCCUUGGGCCCUGGGUGCCCCUCGCUGCCCUGGCCAGGGAGUUUGAUCGGUUUGGCACCAUUCGCACUAUUGAUUACCGCAAAGGUGAUUCCUGGGCCUAUAUCCAGUAUGAGAGCUUGGACGCGGCGCAGGCAGCGUGCACCCAUAUGCGUGGUUUUCCCUUGGGUGGGCCUGAUCGCCGGCUCCGCGUAGACUUCGCUGACACUGAGCAUCGGUACCAGCAGCCCUACCUGCAGCCUCUGCCCUUGCCACCCCCUGCUCAUUACGAGCUUGUGGCGGAGGCGGCUGCUUUUGGGGCUCACCGGGGAGCCCCUCCUGAUCCUCUUCGGGGGGCCCGGGACAGGACGCCACCGUUACUCUAUAGAGACCGCGACAGAGACCUUUAUCCUGAGACAGAGUGGGUGCCACCCCCACCCCCUGUACGGGAUAGGAGUAAUCGGGCAGCUGCCUAUGACCCACUGGAAAGCCUGGAGCGGCGCCGGGAUGGUUGGUCCUUGGAGCGGGACCGAGGGGAGAGGGAAUUGGGCAGUAGUAGUAGGGAACAGCCUAGGAAACGGAGACUGGCGGAGGAUGGAGGCCGGCACUUGGACCGCUCUCCAGACAGUGAGCGCUCUUCUUCCUCCCGGAAGCGUCACUGUUUAGCCACAACCUCUCCACCGGACCGCAGCCCCGAGCUCCUUGGAGGGAGGGAGCGUUACAGUAGUGACCCUGAGCGCUCGUCUUCCCGCUUGCUCCUGUUGGAGCGGCCCUCGCCUGUCCGGGAAUCACGCAGGGGCAGCCUGGAGCGGGGUCAGAAUGAAAAGCGCGACCGCAAGAAUUCCGCCGAACGGGAGCGGAAGCAUCGCGCUUCUGCGGUAGCCGCCGCGCAGGAGUGUAAAAGUCCAGCCAAAAAGGACGAGCGUGCUACGGAAGGAGGCGGCGGCGGAGGAGGAGGCUACCGCCUCAAACCUCCUCCUCAGAAACAGCAACAGGAUGGAGCGUCGCAGGCCGGGGGAGCCCCCAAGCUGUGCUUGGCUUGGCAGGGGAUGCUUCUGCUGAAGAACAGCAACUUCCCGUCCAAUAUGCAUCUGCUUCAGGGGGACCUCGGUGUUGCCAGCAGUCUCCUCGUGGAGGGAGCGACUGGUGGGAAAGUAGCUCAGCUCAAGAUCACCCAACGUCUUCGUCUGGACCAGCCCAAGCUGGACGAGGUCAAUCGCCGCAUCAAAGUGGCGGGUCCCAACGGCUACGCCAUCCUUUUGGCUGUGCCUGGCGCAUCAGACAACCGCUCCGCAGCCGGAGCUGCCGAGGCCGCCACCACCUCCACCCAGAGGCCACUCAGGAAUCUGGUGUCCUAUCUAAAGCAAAAGCAGGCUGCUGGGGUGAUCAGCCUCCCUGUGGGGGGUAACAAAGACAAGGAGAACAGCGGGGUGCUGCACGCCUUUCCGCCCUGUGAUUUCUCCCAGCAAUUCCUGGACUCCACGGCCAAGGCGCUGGCCAAAUCAGAGGAUGACUAUCUGGUCAUGAUCAUUGUCCGUGGGGCCUCCUAAGGCCCUCGUGUUCUCUGUACCCAACCCUGCCUACUCCUCCACACAGCCCCUCCAGCGUGUGCCAGCAAAGCUGGUGGACUGCAGAAGACAACCGCAUGGGAUACCAAGCUCUAAUGGACCUUUGGGAAGAGAAGCUGUGGCUUGUGUGGAAUUUACACGGGCCUCUUGAUGGAAGAAAGCUUAUCUGUUUAGUAUUUGUGCAUUUUACUAAAAUGGCAGCUUUAAAAAAAAAAAAAAGUUGUGUAUCUGCUAUUGUGAUGCCAAUGCCCGUGUUUUAAGUGGAAAAAAAAAAAAAAUGACCUCUUUGCUUUGUGCUGUGUACACAAGAUUGCUGGAAAAGUAAAGGAAUACCCUUUUUAUGGCUCACACAGCUUAAAAGUAGCUGUCACUCAAACAUGCGCUCACAGUUGAGCUGAUUUUGUUUCAUUCUAAAUAAAUUGUUUCUUUUGAGGAAAAUGGUUUUUCUGCCUGGAAGUGAAUUGACGACAACCGUUUGACCCCUUUGUUUGCAGCGGAGGGGUUACUUGGCUGCUGCUGCUGCUCGCUGUUUGAUCUGAUAGUUGUGGGUCUUGAGCAAGAAGCAGGGAGACCGGCACUUUCGCGUUGACCAGCCUGUUGUACCAAAUCUGAAGAAAUCUAGUUGAUGGUCUCGCUGUGGCACCCCCUUGGUUUGCAGUGAAAAAGGGGGUCACUUGCUGCUUUACUCCUCACCUUGACGAGGAAGCGGUGCUGAUGCUGGCAUGCAAGAAGCAGGGAAGCACCACCCUGCGUCUCAGAACGGUGUACAAGUCUGGGGCUUCGCUGGUUUGAAGAGCUGGAGUUCCUGAAUUUUAAGUUUCUGAUUUGUUUUGUUCACCCACCAUGUUUGGCUUUAGUUCUGAUUAUUUUUGUUUUUAAUUUUGAAGAAAAAAAGUUUGAAAUUGCUUUGAAUCUUGCACGUAAACCUUUGCACCAAAUUGCCAAACGAAAAAGAGAAAUGAGUCCUUAGAAGUGUUUAAAUGAUGUUAAUAAAGCCUUUCCUGACACACGCGAGGCGCUCCUCCAUCUCCAGGGGCUUUGCAGCAGUUAUGCAGUGAUGGGUUUAGUGCUGAAUGGAUGAAGAGUUCCUGAGAGCUAGAGUCGGUAAUUUAAAACCUUUGCGUUGGUGUCUCAGUGCCUUAUUUUGACCGGUUUUGAAGCAAAUGGUUCCACACGCCUCGGAUGUGCAUGCACCCUGAUCGCGUCCCAGGUACGACUGCAUGUUUGCUUGGCAGUCGCCUCACUGUGUAGUACAGAUGGUGAGAGGAAAAAAAUGGAGGCGGCCUGAAAAUGUUGUGUGCUGUAGUUGCUGCGUUCUCCUGUAUUGGGGGCUCCUGAGCGGUGGAAGGCUGUUCCAGUGCGGGAGCACAACUCCAUGUUGGCUGCAGGAGACUUCGGGGCACAUUUGACAACCGCAGACAUCAAGAGGAAGCUAACACGGCUGCAUCGUUGGCUUCAGAAACCCCUCGUGUUAUGCUUGCCGGUCUGUUAGAAUUAAUGUGACAUGCAGAUGAAGACACCUUGAAGUGCAAGCUUGCCCUGAUUGCCUUGACAUACUUUAACCUCCCGUGGAUAACGAACCUAGUGCUGUCCUGCAGCCCUGCAGGAGCAUUGCUAGGCUGCAGGUGCCUUUCAACAAAAGGAUGCCAUGGUUGUGCUCUGCAAGGUGUCUGUUCCGGGGGCAAAGAGCUGUGUAAAUCCCUAAAACAGCCAAAGGUGUGAGAGGAGAGAAGCGUUUCUGACCGCUGGAGGUUAUCCUGAGCCUGCUUUUGCAAAGACACAGAGGCUUGAAGACUCUUCCACCUCCCAGCCUGAUGGUCCUCCGUGCUGUGGUAAAUUAACACCGUGCCUGGGAGAUGGAGCGCCGCCACGGUGCAGCAACCUCCUCAACGAAAGAGGGGUUUUUGUGGAACAGCUCUUCUCCGUAUCCUCAUGGAAGUUCAAUCCAUAUCUCUCUGUACCAUCUCUGUCCUUGCAUCCCUCCCCGGGGCUAAAUUAUUCAUAUCUGAAUAGAAUAAGCUAAAAUCUGCUGUGCUUUGGCACUUUUGGGGUCCUCGUCCCAAGAGGUGAGUCAGCUUGGUGCUCUCGCGGUGGCUGGGAGAGCUGGGGGGGCUCUGGGGCUCCCAUACUGAGCUGUCAGACUGACCACGGAGGGGGUCGAUUGGAGAUACAGAAAGGCAUGGCUCGGGAGCAAAGUCAAAGUGAAGCCAAUGUCCAUCUGGGCCAUGGACCCUAUUUUUCCCCAUCAAAUAACACAUUACGUAUUUCUGAGAUGGCUUUAAUCACAUGUGCAGGAGAAAUAUCAAGAUAUACAAACUGUGAAUCUGUCCCCUAAAAAUUCCUAUUUUCAUUUUUGCUGCUGUUGAUAUUUCCCGGUACAGCAGGUCUGUGCCGGUGAUGGCUUUCCCAUCAUGGAUGCAAUCAAAGCCCAUCCUUUCAAA